AGGAACCAGGGAAUAGAAUUUCUCUCGUUAAACCCUUCGCUUACGGAGCUGCAGCUUCUCGCCGACUUGCUCGAGAGAACGAAGGGGAGCGAUGGUGAGCAAGAGGCAGAAGGAGGCGCGGAAGAGGUUCGCGGAGGCGAAUCCACGACCGGAGGAUGCCACCACUUCGAUCCCCAAGGCGGAGAAGGGGACGAAGAAGAGGAAGGCGGGUGGCGGCUUCUGGAAGAAGAGCGGAACUUCAGCUCUGAGGAAGCACCCACUCAGGGUCCCGGGGAUGCGUCCCGGAGAGAGCUGCUAUAUCUGCAAGUCAACUGGCCACAUCGCCAAGCUGUGCCCCGAGAAGGCCCUAUGGGAAAGGAAGAAGAUAUGUUUGCUUUGCCGACAGCGGGGGCAUAGUCUUAAGAAUUGCCCAGAGAGUUACGGCACUAAUGAGAAGAAAAUGUGUUAUAAUUGUGGAGAAGUUGGGCAUUCACUUUCCAUGUGUCCACUGCCCAUUGAAGAUGGGGGAACAAAAUUUGCAAAAUGCUUCAUCUGCAAAGAACAAGGGCACUUGAGUAAGAAUUGUUCAAAAAAUGCACAUGGAGUCUAUCCAAAGGGCGGUUCGUGUAAGAGUUGUGGUGAAGUGACUCAUUUGGCCAAGUACUGCCCAAGCAAAAGACACAAAAGUUUGCCCACUUCAACAGGAGAACACAAAUUUUUGGACGACCCCGACCCCAGCGAAGACCAGCAAAGGUCACACAAAAUUCAUCAGAGUGGGGACGACCUUGAAGAUGAUUUUGUGGAAGCAAGCACCUUGCAAAGCAAGAAGAAUGGUGACUCCAGCACUAACUUGGCAUCUGCCAUUGGGAUGGAGGAUGUCACAAAGAACAUACGCGAAAAAACAAAGAAGCAGGGCCCCAAAAUAGUAAAUUUCCAUGGCUGACAAUGACACUCAUUAGCUGUUGAUGGAUCUUUCCAUGAGUUUUCUGCUGAAUACCUUGAUCAUAUGGAUCUUUGUUCGCCAUUUUCAUCUGUGGAAAAAACAAACAUUUGUCUCCUUUUUAUAGCCAUUUCCAUCUGGUUAAAAGGAAAACUUAAGAGUGUCUAAUGGCUUUAGGGGUGCAGCCACCUCUAUGCUCUUAGAUUGUUGUCAACUAAGAGGAUGUUUUACGGAGUUUCCUCAAGCUAUUGUUAUGUUUUGUUUGGUUGUAAAAAUCUAUUUGAAAUAUGAAUUCUUAUAGAAUCAUGAAUUUUUAUUCA